UUAAAGAAAUUAUUAAAUUUUAUCGUGAAAGUACACUUCGAAGAAAACUAAUACCUAACAUACCACUAUUUUGUGAAACACGUUGGUCUUCAAAGUAUAAAAGUAUUAGAGUAUUUUCUGAAAAUUUUAUUACAAUAAUUCAAAGUCUCCAAUCUUUAUCCAUAAAUGAUAUGACAAAUGCUAAUACAAGAGAAGGUGCUUUUUAUUUAUAUUUCUCAGCCUCAAAUUUUUUAUUUAUAAUAACAAUGACUAUAAUUGCAAAAUACAGCGCUAUCUUGGAACCUGUUACUAAUAUUUUACAAGGUGAAUCAAUAGAACUUUAUAAAGUUCGGGAACAUAUGGAGACAUUAUUGGAAAUGUUUGAAAGUGAUAGAAUAAAUGCAAUUGAAAGCUUUAAUUUAUUAUUUAUUAACGCUAAAUCUAUAGCAAAUGAUUUAGAUCUUACUAUUACUUGUCCCAGAAUUACCGGAAAACAGUUACAUAGAAACAACUAUCCAAGUGAAACUCCCGAAGACUAUUAUAGAGUAUCGGUUUUUGUACCAUAUCUCGAAUCAAUAAUACAAUCUAUCAAGCAAAGAUUUGAAAAAGGUAAUAGUGUUGCUUUUUCAUUACAAUACCUUCAUCCAGCAUUAUUUAAAAAAAUGAAAAAAGAAGAGUACGUUGAAAUUUUAACAAACAUUCAUAGUUUUUAUAAAAUUGAAAAUUUUUUAGUUGAAAGUGAAAGUUGGUAUGUUUAUUGGCAAAAAAAAGAUUUUCAAAGUAUGGACAUUAUAGAUUUACUAAAACAUAGUGAAAUAUUUUUCCCCGGUAUUACAAUUGCAUUAGAAAUUUUCCUAUCUUUACCAGCUACAAGCUGCACUGCAGAACGUACUUUUAGUACAUUACGAAGAGUAAAAACUUGGCUUCGAUCCACGACAAGUGAAGACCGAUUAAAUGGUUUAUGUAUGUUAAGUGUACAUCGUGAAAAAGUUAAGGCAAGCAAAAAUCAAUUCAUUGAACAGUUAAUAACAAGAUUUGCAAUAGAACAACCGCGAAGACUUCAAUUUUUAUUUACUAAUGACUAAUGAAUAUAUAUAUAUUUAUUUAUUUAUUAAUAAACACUUUAUUUAAUUUUACUUUUUG